UAUAGCUCAUGCGCGAUGUUUCGGUUCCCAGUAAACAGUUGCACGUAAACAUCACAUUUUUACAGAGCAUGCACAGUUCCCAGAGCGCUGCACCAGCUUGAACGCGAUGCGCAAGAGACAACAAAAAGUAUGUAAAUAUGCGCCGCGCGAUGCACCAUACUCGAAUUAUGAUGUAAAUGCUUGUACAAUGUGAGGAAGGGAACAAAAACAAAAUCAAGGCAGCGCUGAUAACUGGAAGAGGCGAAAAACUAGAUUCGCAUGCGCGCACAGGUAGCCUUAGCAGCCACAAGACCAACAGCAAACCGCCAAUUAUAUGCAGCCGCCAACAACAAACCAACUCAAGCAAUAACAAAUUCCACUAGUGCGGCUGAGGCGUAAAUUGUGCUGUGAGCCGCGCACACAUGCACCAAGCCGACAUGCAGCGUCGCUUUUAUGGACGCGUGCGCGCACAUUUAUUGCAUGCCAACUGUCUUGCUGUGCUGCGGUGACGCACCGUCGGCUAUCUGCCAUAGUCUGCAUGUUCUGUCUAGCAUUUUUUGCACGUUUUUGACGAGAUUUGCUUUAUGGACUUCUUCUGCGCAGCCAGCCAGUCAAGAACUGUUUGAAAAUAGAUUAGGAAGCUAAGCAACCUUACAGCCGCGCUCACUGCGAGCGCCAAUGGCACGGACAUGGCUAGCAACCAGUCUUCGCGGGCAAAGUGGCAAAGCAAAUAAAGGUAAAUCGCAGCGCGCCGAUGCUCUGAGUUGGUUGUUUAUGACGGCGGCGGCGACGGCAGCAGCAGUCUGAGUAGUCAGAGCGGCAGCGGCGGCGUGAACAUCAACAUUAACAAGUCUGGGCGAGUUCAUAGUGUAUAGUGAAUUUCGACUGCUCGGCGCGUACGGAUUGCAUUCCAUUACAAAUACUGCAGUGCUCGUGAAUUCUAAUUAUUGAAAUAAAAAUCUCAAAUAAUUUAAUUCUAAAUUUUUUCAAUAACUAAAUAAAAUGUAUGUAAAUAUGGAAAAUAUUAUAAGAUUCCUUUGAAAUUGUGCACGUGGAACUGGGAGACAAUUUAAGUGGUGUUGUGCGCGCAACUUGUUACAUAGCUCGCAAGAGUGGCGACAAAAAAGCGGUUUGACAAGACAACUGUGCUUUUCCCAUGUUGCGACACAAUGGAUCAACUAUGAUGAACACAGCGAACAACAGCAAACUCACUGUAAUGAACACUAACGGUUGUGUUUCAACAUCCGGCAGCCCAAUGGACGCAUUGCCCAAACAGUUUGUUGCUUCAAUGAAGACACUCUUCGAUAUAUUGGACGACCAGCACACAGGCUUUGUACGAUUCCUAGACAUUGAGAAAGGUUGGCAAGACGAUGGCUGCAAAGGAUUGCCACACGGUGUGAUUGACUCGCUGCGCAAAGUUACGCCUACAAGUGGACUUUUGUCAUUUGAUCGUUUCUGCGCAGGUUUGAAAUUAUGUCUGUUACGUAAUCAAAGUACUGCCAUCAGCAAUGCAUCGUCAGGCGGAAACGAUGUGUCGACGCAUAAUGUGGUCUCACCAAUCAAGCCGCCCCGACCGCCCUCUGCGCCACUUCUAGAUGUUGAAAGUACUGUGCAUGGCGCUACAGCCUGGGGUGGGAACGCCACAACUGUCGCUGUGCGUCCAAAUAAAAUUGUCACGGCACAUCGGGCACUCAGUUUACCACAGUUAAGUCCAGACUGCGAUUUGGAGACGGAAAUAAUAAGCAAUGAUAUUGGUGUUUACAAUUCACCACCGCCACCACCGAAACCACCACGCGCCUCCGCUGCCGCGCAGAUUGGAGUACCAAGUUCGACAGUUACACCGCUGGAUAAGGCUGAGAUACGACAUGCUUUACAGAAUUGGCAAAUGGGUAUACUAUUGAAUGAAAUGGGAACAAAUGAGAAACGUAGUUCUGGAUAUAUGUACAAUCAGUUCCCAUAUCGAGGUUGUGCCGAUGGCGGGUCCUCAUCAACAACUGAUAGUGUUACAGGGAAUGUAGGAACUCUACAUCCAAAAAAGAGCAAUUCAAAGCGAAGAGAACCCCGCCGCCAUACACUGCAGAAUGGCAUUGACUACAAUAUGCUAAAACGCUUGAAACAAUUCGAGGAGGAACGCGAAGUUCUCUUAACGGGUUUGGAUGCAGUAGAGAAGGCGCGUGACUGGUACCUCCGACAAGUAAACAAUGUCCAAGAAAAGAUUAAAUAUUUGGGACGAAUGGGGCACGUUGAGCAAUGGUCAGAAGUGCAACAAGAACGUUUGGAAUUCCAACGCGCACGUGUGUAUGAAGUAAAUCGAAAUUUAACAGCUCUUGCUGAUUGCUGGGAACGUGGGGGAUUUCCCCUACACUUUAACCUUGCUAUUAGGCCUCCCGGUAAAACACCGAGUCAGCGAAAUGUCAAUAGCGGAGGGCUAUUUCAACCAGUGGAUCGCCUGCGUCAACAAAAUCACAGCCUUACUAAUGAGGUGAACUUAAAAAGUGACCGAAUAGCAUUGCUAGAGCGUGAAAAACAAUCGCUUAUGAGGGAGUUGUACGAAUUGAGGCAAAGGGUUGGAUUAGUUGGACGAGGUUCUGGAUUUGUAACUGUCCUAGGUCAAUCGUCUCCUUCAUCGUCCGGAGGGCUUGGAGAGGUGGAUGUUGUAUUUUAAAUUAAAAAAAUAAGAUAAAUUGUUUUAAUCUUAAAAAUAUUUGAUCAGAUAAAUAAAUAAAGGAUCAUCUAUACACAAUGUACAUACACUUAAUAUAAAAGCUUCAUAUUUGUUUCAAACUUUAAUGACUUUCAGCACAGGUUGUAUUAAAUCACUUAAUUAUUAUAUGACAAAACUAUGCUUAUUGCGGAUUAGGAAAACGUCUCAUAUACUUGUUGAGCUGUUUGUAGUUCAGGUUUUUUCCAGGUGUUAUAA